AGUUCCCUUUUCAACAAUAAUACUUUCUCCAUUUCAAUUCAAAAAGUAGAAGAAAUAGAAAUCACUAAAGUGAGUGAUGGGAAACUGUUGUCCCAAGGCUGCAGAUCACCUUCCCAACAGCAUACACCGCAGCUCAGUUCAUGGUAAUGUAUCGACCCAAAACGAGAGUGUUAGCGUAAGCAGAAGCACCACCACCACCCGCUCACCACCGUCUCCGGCAGGGGAAGAAGGUGUUGGAGUUGGUGGCAGUGGUGGUCAGGUGAUUCCUUCCAGUGGGAAUAUAGUGGUGCCAAAUUUAAAGCCUUUCAAAUAUAGUGAGCUGGAGAGUGCAACGAGGAAUUUUAGGCCAGAUUCAGUGUUGGGACAAGGAGGUUUUGGAAAGGUGUUUAAGGGUUGGGUUGACCCCAAAACCUAUGCAGCUUCCAGAGUUGGUGUUGGCAUUCCAGUUGCUGUCAAGAAAUCCAAUCCGGAUAGCGCGCAAGGAUUGAAAGAAUGGCAGGCAGAAGUAAUGUUUUUGGGAAAAUUUUCUCACCCAAAUCUGGUCAAGCUAUUAGGCUAUUGUUGGGAGAACAAGCAAUUUCUUCUUGUUUAUGAAUACAUGCAGAAGGGAAGCCUAGAAAGUCAUCUUUUCCGAAAGAAGGGAGGUGAGCCACUUUCUUGGGACACAAGGAUUAAAAUUGCAAUAGGAGCAGCUAAAGGACUUGUUUUCUUGCACAACACUGAGAAAAGUGUCAUUUAUAGGGAUUUCAAAGCAGCCAAUAUUUUACUUGAUGGGGAUUUAAAUGCAAAACUUUCUGACUUUGGACUUGCCAAGCUUGGUCCUGUUGACGGUAAUUCACACGUUACAACCGACGUCGUAGGCACGUACGGUUAUGCAGCUCCUGAAUACGUGGCCACAGGCCAUUUAUAUGUGAAGAGUGAUGUGUAUGGGUUUGGAGUAGUACUACUCGAAAUAAUAACCGGCAUGAGGGUUCUUGAUCCAAGCCGGCCAUCCCACCAAUAUGAUCUAAUCCAGUGGACAAAACCCUUACUUCCCAACAAAAACAAUCUGAGGAACUUAAUGGAUCCUCGUCUGGAGCAUGUUUACCCAUUCCAAGCUGCUUCUCAAGUGGCUGAGCUGAUCAUAAGGUGUCUCGACCCUCAACUUAAACUCCGACCUGACAUGGAACAAGUAUUAGUGAAACUGGAGGAGAUCAGUAAGUUGGAGAUGACACCAAAGGAUCUGAAAGCUCAAACCAAAUAUCUGAAGGAUGAGCAGCGCCGCCGCCGACAGUAGUCAUCCACUUUCCCAACCCACCACGGAGGUAUUGGUCAUACCGCUGGUGGACAUUCUCAGCAUGAUUAUCCCAAACAUCAAAGCUGUUAAUGCAUGUAGUAGUAUCUAUGAAGAAGUAUUAUUCAAUCACUAGAUAAGAACUCUAUAUGUGUAGUAUGUUUUUAUUGUAAAGAGAAUUGAAAUUCUGUUCAAUAAUCAUAUCGUUAGCCACCUAGCUUACUACAAAAAUUGGAAUAGACAAGACACGUUUAUGGUUUUAAAUUGCGGUACCGGUUGCGGUUGUGGUCAUUGUUGUUGCGAACUUGCGACUAAUGUAACCGCUGUGAUGCGUAUUAUUGCGGAUGUUGCGGCGUGAAAUAUUUUCAAAUUCGUACAGG